CAUGCUGGGAAAGGGCAGUUUCCGUUAGCUGUAGAAGGCUGAGGCGCGCCACCGGCCACCUCCCCACGUGAAGCAGUUGUGCGAGCUUCGCCACGCCGGGCAGCUGUCUACCUGCGUCCGAGCGCCCCGGAAGCGGCAGGGGACCGGAAGUGGUCCACGGAGGGCUGCAGAGCGAGUCCAGGAGCCCGCUGUGAGGCGACUGGCAGCGCUGCGACGGCGCCAUGUCCCUGAUUUGCUCGAUCUCCAAUGAAGUGCCAGAGCACCCAUGUGUGUCCCCUGUCUCUAACCAUGUGUACGAACGGCGACUCAUUGAGAAGUACAUUGCAGAGAAUGGCACAGAUCCUAUCAACAACCAGCCUCUCUCAGAGGAGCAGCUCAUCGACAUCAAAGUUGCUCACCCAAUCCGGCCCAAGCCUCCCUCUGCCACCAGCAUCCCAGCCAUUCUGAAAGCCUUGCAGGAUGAGUGGGGCUGGCCGAGUUCUCUGGCUCUCCCCCAGUCCUCACAGUGGCCUACCCUCUCCCAGGAUGCAGUCAUGCUGCACAGCUUCACUCUUCGCCAGCAGCUGCAGACCACCCGCCAGGAGCUGUCCCAUGCUCUGUACCAGCACGAUGCUGCCUGCCGAGUCAUUGCCCGUCUCACCAAGGAAGUCACUGCUGCUCGAGAAGCUCUGGCUACUCUGAAACCACAGGCUGGUCUUAUUGUACCUCAGGCUGUGCCAAGCUCACAGCCUAGUGUGGUGGGUGCAGGAGAGCCCAUGGAUUUGGGUGAGCUGGUGGGAAUGACUCCUGAGAUUAUCCAGAAGCUUCAAGACAAGGCCACUGUGCUAACCACGGAGCGUAAGAAGAGAGGAAAGACUGUGCCUGAGGAGCUGGUGAAACCUGAAGAGCUCAGCAAGUACCGGCAGGUGGCAUCCCAUGUGGGACUUCACAGUGCUAGCAUUCCUGGGAUCCUCGCUCUGGACCUCUGUCCUUCAGACACCAACAAGAUUCUCACUGGUGGGGCGGAUAAAAAUGUUGUUGUCUUUGAUAAGAGUACUGAGCAGAUCCUGGCCACUCUGAAAGGCCAUACCAAGAAGGUCACCAGUGUGGUAUUUCAUCCUUCUCAGGAACUGGUGUUUUCCGCGUCCCCUGAUGCGACUAUCAGGAUUUGGUCGGUCCCAAACACCUCUUGUGUACAGGUUGUUCGGGCCCAUGAAAGCGCGGUGACAGGCCUCAGCCUCCAUGCUACUGGAGACUAUCUCCUGAGCUCCUCUGAUGAUCAGUACUGGGCCUUCUCUGACAUCCAAACAGGGCGUGUGCUCACCAAGGUGACAGAUGAGACUUCUGGCUGCUCUCUUACCUGUGCUCAGUUCCACCCCGAUGGCCUCAUCUUUGGAACAGGAACCAUGGACUCCCAGAUCAAGAUCUGGGACUUGAAGGAGCGUACCAAUGUGGCCAACUUCCCUGGCCACUCUGGCCCCAUUACCAGCAUCGCCUUCUCUGAAAAUGGGUACUACCUGGCCACAGCAGCUGAUGACUCUUCAGUCAAGCUCUGGGACUUACGCAAGCUGAAGAACUUCAAGACAUUACAGCUGGACAACAACUUUGAGGUGAAGUCACUGAUCUUUGACCAGAGUGGUACCUACCUGGCACUCGGAGGUACAGAUGUCCAGAUCUACAUUUGCAAACAGUGGACGGAGAUUCUUCACUUUACAGAGCAUAGCGGCCUGACCACUGGAGUGGCCUUUGGGCACCACGCCAAGUUCAUCGCUUCAACUGGCAUGGACAGGAGCCUCAAAUUCUACAGUCUGUAGGCCCUAGGCCUUCUCACCGCUCUGGGUCUCAUCUCAGUAGGGGGUUAGAAUUAGAAG